UGACCGGUUUGUCAUUUGUCAAUUUUGUCUUGUCAAUAAAUGUAAACAUUACAUGGAAUUGGGAAUAUUAGGAUACUUACAAGUUAAAAUAGGAAAAUAAAAACCGAAAGAGAGAAAAAUGGCAAUAGCGAAAAAAUGCGUGCGAUUUUUGCUAAAUUUUAAUUAUCGUCAUCCUGUUACCACUGGCACAUUACGAAGAUACAGUGCAGGUGCAGGUGAUACUUCACAAUUUGAUGUAGCAGUGAUUGGAGGAGGCAUAGUAGGCUCUGCUUCAGCCAGGGAGUUAAUAUUAAAACACCCACAUUUAAAGGUUGCUUUAGUUGAAAAAGAAAACCGAUUUGCCUUCCACCAAAGUGGAAAUAACAGUGGCGUGAUUCAUGCAGGUAUUUAUUAUAAACCUGGUUCCCUUAAAGCAAAAUUGUGUGUCAAAGGUCUGAACUUAUCAUAUAAAUAUUUUGAUCAGAAAGGAAUCAAGUAUUCCAAAUGUGGUAAACUUAUUGUGGCAACAGAGAGAUCAGAAGUUCCUAGACUUUUUGAUUUAUAUGAAAGGGGACUUAAGAAUGGUGUUAAAGAUAUACAGCUCAUGGAUAGUAAAGAGAUGAAAGAAAUUGAACCACAUUGCAAAGGAUUACAGGCAUUAUGGUCUCCUCAUACGGGUAUUGUUAGUUGGGCUCAGGUUACAGACUCCUAUGUUAAAGAUUUUAUUGAAUGUGGUGGCAAAACCUAUCUAAAUUUUGAAGUAAAGAAAUUUAUAGAAGCUGAGUCUGCUGAGUAUCCUGUAAAAAUAAUUGAUACAGAAAAUAAUGUUAUUAAUGCAAAAUAUGUCCUCACAUGCUGUGGACUGCACUCCGAUAAAGUGGCAGUUUUAACAGGGUGUCCAGAAGAACCCAAAAUAAUACCAUUUAGAGGUGAAUACCUUUAUUUGGUUCCAAACAAAAGUAAAUUGACCAAAACCAAUAUAUACCCUGUGCCUGACCCUAGGUUCCCAUUUCUGGGUGUUCAUUUAACACCAAGAAUAGAUGGCCGAGUUAUUGUAGGACCAAAUGCGAUUUUAGCAUUUUGCAAAGAAGGAUAUAGGUGGGGCGAUUAUAAUAUGCAGGAACUUAAAGAAAUUAUUGGUUUUUCCGGAUUCCGCAAAAUGGCUAUGAAAUAUGCUAGUUUUGGUAUCAAGGAAAUGAUAAGAUCGGCUAUAACACCUCUACAAGUUAUGCAAGUUCGGAAGUAUAUACAGGAAAUAACGUCAGCAGAUGUUGAAAGGGGUCCAGCUGGUGUUAGGGCGCAAGCAAUGGCUAAGGAUGGUACAUUAAUAGAAGACUUUGUUUUUGAUUCGAAACCUGGACAUGGAGCAAUAGGAAGUAGAGUACUCCAUUGCCGAAAUGCUCCAUCCCCAGGAGCUACGUCAUCACUUGCGAUUGCUGAAAUGGUUGUAGAGAAAAUUGAAAAAGAAUUUAAAAUAUGAAAACGUAACUUUAUUAUUUUCAGUACAUAAUUGUUAUUUUUAUAUGAAGAUUCUAUAACUCUGAUAGAAUUAGGUUUAAAUGUUUUGUCUAAUAACCGUUUUUGAAUAUAUUGUUAUAUUUCAUUCUCAAGCAAACUUUUAAGAAUCUCUCAAUAAUCUAAAUUAACCUGUUACUCGUUGGAUAACUCAUGUAAGUUCAUGUAAUGCCCGACAUAUGAGUCGUCUAUUAUCAAAGGCGGCAAUCUGUACAUUUGGACAAAAAUUUUUUAUUGAUAUGUCAAUACAGAUUUAUUUGAAUAUAAUCGUCUCCUUCAAAGAAUACGGUUCAAAACCUGCAUUAAAUAAAGGUUAAUAGUUAACCUGUUAUUUAUCUAAGAUGUCGUUCCGAAGAGUUUUGUGACUGCCAAUGGAAUACAAAGUCAAUAAUUCGUUUUUCUGAUUUACCAAUCAUUGUCCAAAAGUCAGAUUGCCGCCUUUGAUAAUAGUCGACUCAUAUAUUAUGUACAUACAAUAGAUAAUUUGUCUUUUUUUUUUCAAAAUAUCUCUGUAAAUUGAAAGUUGUUCAAGUGUUAUUAUUACAUAAUUUUAUUACGUUACAAGAUAUUUAACUUAUUUUAUUAAAUAAUUAUUAUUGUUGUACAUAUUUGUGACUAGGUUAAUGUCAUAAAAUAUGAAAAAUGAAUUCGAAAAGGAAAAAAUGUGAAGCUUAAAAAACUACAAAACAAGCUUUAUAUGCUUCACAUUUUUCCUUAGUGAAUAUUAUAAUUUACUAAUAUGUACAUAGUUUCAUGGAAAACUUCAGAACACAUAUUUAGUGAAUUAAACCACAACCAGCCAGAUUCCUGUUAAUAUAAUGAUAAUUGAUUUAAAAAAUACAUAUUUUUUUACGAACCAAAUAAUAAAAAAUGGCGAAUAAAUUACAUAUAAAGGUGUAAUAAAAAUAUACAUUGCUUUUUAAAUUUCACAUUUACAACCUACAAUGGGGAUGGCGAACAUUUAUAGAUUUACAUACCAAAAAAUUUUAAAUGACCAUAAACGCGGUAUGGACUUUGUGAUUAUCGGAAAAAUAAAAUUGCCUAAAUUAAACUAAAUAGUAACAUUUUUUAGCAGCCGUUAUUUUAACACGUUGUUAAUAGCUUGGUGUAACACGUAGUGUAAUUUUUAAACGUUAUUUUCACCGAUCUCAAGACGUGCGAUUAAUUUGAAAAUUUGCACACGCAUGGAUCUACGACAAUACAAUUUUAAGGCUGCCUGUCCACCGGAGCGGAGCGGAGAAACGGAGAAAUACUAACCAAUAAGAUUGCACAAAAUCAAAAUCAUAAGAUUGCAAAAUGAUUUUGUGCAAUCUUAUUGGUUAAUAUUUCUCCGUUUCUCCGCUCCGGUGGAAUGGCACCCUAAAAGUUCGCUUUAUCUCGACAAUUUUCAGCAUGAUAAAAAUACAUUGUUACUUUCAUUGUUAUUCAUGCGUUUUUAUUUACAUUUUAAACUAAGUAUUCAUGUAAUUAGCAGAAUGUACGCUGAAUUAGUCACCGGCAAUCAAUUUAUAAGUGAAUUAAAAUUCAUCUUUAAAAUUGACAUAAUUAUAUACGUUCGUCUACGGCUACAGCUCAAUCGCUUUUGUUCGUAAUUCAUCAUAGUGAAAUUAGUUAUGAACUAAAAUUGUUCAGUGACCAUAUCGCACCUUUAGAAUUAUAAACCCAACUCAAAAAAUGUGUUUUUUGGAAAAGAUCGAAUAAAGUUUCCAAACCGAAAAGACGUUGAGGAAGGGGACAAAGUGAAAGAGACCGAUGGAUAAGUUUGUACCUUUUAUGCUGCUUUUGGACAUUUUAUUAGUAGUCGCUGAAAAGGGUCGUUCUAAGUACAUUUUUGAAUUAAAGUUGAAAUUUAAAAAUUUGGAAAUGAAUUUCUAUGAUUCCAAAGGUGCGAUAUAUAGUCGGGUGACAUCAGUUCACCAUCCCCAAACUACAACACAAUUUCAGUCUUAGUUGAAUGUAUGUCAUAUUAAUUCAAAUGUACAUUUGUAUAUUUAAGUAUCUCAAUAAAAAUAGGCAAAAAUCAACUUAAUUCAUCCAUCGUUUUAAUAUAGCAGUAGGAAUGAUAUAAAAAAAUAUUGAUAAUAUCAGAAUGAUUAAAUUUUAUUUUAAACAUGUCGAUGACUCGCGGAAAUCGAAAAAAAAUUCUGCACUUGUUAAUCAUUGAAGUUCUAUUAUCCAUUAUUUAUUUUUAGCACUUCACAAUAUUUGUGAACGAAUUUUUAUACAAUAAGUAAUCAAAGACUGAAAUAGGCAUGGCUAAAAUUAAAUAAUGGCUAUUAAAAGUAAACAGAUUUAUGGUCAUAAAAUGUAAAAUACGCAUUUAAAAUUUAUUACUCAAAACUAAAUGGUGCUAAAAUCCAAAAAUAAAUACUGAAUUUACAAAUAAGUACAGCUUUUUUUUUUUUUUUAAUCUGUUAAAUUUGCUUUUAAAUAAGUUUGUAACAUGAUUAUUUUCAUAUUUUACAUUUUCUAGAAAGCAUUUUAAUUGAACAGAGGUAUGUACUAUGUUAUUUUUAAAUAUAAAACUAAUAACUGCUCAUAUCAAAUAUUAUUAAAUAUAAUACCGGAUCUGAAUUAAUAAAUUUAAUGUUCUUUUAAAGGCAUUUCGAAUGAUUCAUUUUUGUUAAAAAUCCUGAAAUAAGUUCAAGUUAGAUUAGAUACCAUACUUAUUUAUCAACAAAUUAAGUCCGCUGAUUAUCUAUCAUUGAUUUCAAAAUUUCAUAAAUCCAAUACACAUCUAAUUUUUGAGAUGAAUAAAUUUAAGAACCAAUGAAAUAUUUUAAAUUAAAUUGCUGUUUUUUUCUAAAGAAAAUUGUCAUUUCUCAGGCUGGCGUACCAACCGUAUGUUAGUAAAUAUUAAACAGUUCAAAACCACUGCGGUGCUGCAUUUAUGCAGUGAUUGUGAUGUUUGUACUAUGCCUGUUUAGGAAGAGUACGACAUUAAUUGCUGCAUCAUUUUGUUAGUAAUUGACAGCUGCUUUUGAAAGAAAAUGCCAAUGAUGUCAAACUCAAUUUACAAAUAAAUCAAGAAAAAACAGUGAAGUUUGUAUUAAAGUACAAUAUUCUCAUCUUGUUUGUAAUUUAUUUAUUUUUUAGUUUGGAUUGUUGGGCUAUUGUUCUCUUGGGGACUGUCAGCUUUCCUUUCGUAAAUUUUAUAAAAAAACAAGAGGAAUAGGUUACUUCAAGUAAAUUUAAAUGCCGAGGUGUUGGUUAAUGAAACAGGAAAUGAGCUUAUUAUAAUGAGGUUUUCUCAUUGUAAAAGUAUUUAUAUAUUUACUCUUUCCUUUGUUUUCCAUUAAAAUAUUGUUAUUCUAGAACAUGGUGACAUUUCCCUACAAUCUAAACACAUAUUAAAAAUGUAAAUUGCACUUUAGCAACCUUUUUCACAGCCUUCAACCAUUGGUUUGAAUAAGCUAAUUAUUGAAUAAGUUUUCUAUUAUUGUAAUUAAUUAUAAUUGUUGAAAUUAAAAUUAUAUUCUAAUUAAA